CAUAAAUACCAGAGGACAGCAACAAGUUCUCCCAACUGUUGUCCCGUCUGCUUCGCCCUAACUCGUCUUCUCAGGCAGGUCCUACUUUGCGUUUCCUUCAUACGGUCAUUUCUGCUGGAUAGGGGCCGAGCUUCUUACUUUCGCUAUGGACGACAAACGUUUUUCCGGCCUCGACUUUAAAGAUCGCGAUCACAACCCUUUCAUCGGCACAAACUCUCUUGUCGACCCGCCUGCUUAUGACUAUUCAGGGCCUCCUCUCUACAGAAAUAAAUCUGAACGGGCGAGACUACAGGGUAUCCAGCAAACAUGGGUAAAACCUAAGUUCACAAAGAUCCAAGAAGAGCCCCGUACUCUCGGUCAGAAGUUCGACCUCUGGAUGAUCAAUGAAGGCGGAAAGCGUUUAUUCUUCUUCACUUGGAUAUUGUUUCAUUGCCUCGUCAUUGCUUUCGGUUUCUUAAACUACGACUUGAGCGACGACCUCACAACGGCUCGAGCAACCUUCGGAAUUACUUAUCCAAUCGCUCGUGCGGCUGCUCUUGUGCUCCACACAGAUAUUAUUUUCAUCCUGCUACCCGUCUGCCGAAAUCUCAUUUCGCUGCUCCGCCAAACACCCCUCAAUCAGCUCAUACCGUUCGACAAAAACAUCACGUUCCACAAGGCAACUGCUUGGUCUAUCGUCGUGUUCACUGUCAUUCACAUUGCAGCUCAUAUGCGUAAUUUCCAACUGCUUGCCCUUUCCGACCCUAACGCGACAACAACUGGCCAGCGCAUUGUUGUUUUCCUAGAAGCCAACUUUACUACGGGACCGGGCGCAACUGGUUGGUUCAUGACGAUCUGUCUUGGAAUUAUGGUGUGGUUCGCCAUGGAGAAACGCCGACGCGCUAAUUUUGAGAAGUUCUGGUACUCUCACCACCUAUUCGUCUUUUUCUUCUUGGCAUGGCAACUCCAUGGCAUGUGGUGUAUGAUAAAACCUGACAGGGAGCCUUUUUGUUCGUGGAAUAGUAUUGGUGUUUUUUGGCGCUACUGGCUCGUUGGGGGUCUGAUAUGGUCAUUCGAGCGUGUCCUGCGUGAAAUCCGGUCGCGCCACAAGACAUACAUCUCCAAGGUUAUCCAGCACCCUUCUAAGGUGGUCGAGCUUCAGAUUAAGAAGGAGAAAACAUCGAUCCGUGCUGGCCAAUAUAUUUUCAUAUGUUGCCCUGCAAUAUCCUAUUUCCAGUGGCACCCUUUCACGCUCACUAGUGCUCCAGAGGAGGACUAUAUUUCAGUGCACAUUCGCGUUGUCGGCGAUUUUACUACCGAGCUCGCUAAAGCGGUUGGCUGUGACUUUAAUUCCGAAAAAGCCAAAGAACUUGAUGCUGCUGGCGGAAGGGUAAUUGGCACGAACACUAACCCGCCCCUUAACCGUGUUCUUCCUCGUAUUAUGGUCGACGGACCAUUUGGCAGCGCAUCUGAGGACUUCCUCAACUACGAGACGGUUUUGCUCGUAGGGGCCGGUAUCGGCGUCACACCCUUUGCUUCGAUUCUGAAGUCUAUCUGGUAUCGGAUGAACAAUAUGAAUAACUCCAAACCAACGCGCCUAUCGAAAGUUUAUUUUACCUGGGUUAUUCGUGACUUUGGCAGUGCAGAGUGGUUCCAUUCACUCUUGAAAGCUAUUGAAGAGCAGGAUAUCCAUAACAAGAUUGAAAUCAACAUUUACUUGACGGCGCGGGUCAAGGAGGAUGACAUGACAAAUAUCAUCGUCCAGGAUGUUGGGGCUGACCGGGACGCGAUAACAACGCUCAAAUCCCCUACCCAUUACGGUAGACCGAAUUGGGACAAAGUGUUUUCCUCGCUAGUGGACAAACAUCCGGAAACUGACGUCGGUAUAUUUUUUUGCGGCCCGCCUCCGCUUUCCAAACAAUUGCAUCAAAUGUGUAACAAGUAUUCUAACCCCAAAGGGACGAGGUUUUUCUAUGGGAAAGAAAAUUUCUAGAACAGGGCCCACAUGUUGCUAUCUCCGCAUCUCUCGUUUAUCGUGUGCUAUUUAAGGUUGCAAGUCGACGUAAAGUUUGUUCAUUUGGAAGGAUCAUCUCGUUGUCUUUGAUUUAUGCUACAUGCUCAUGCAUUACUCAGUGCAUCCUAGACGGUGUUACUGGCCGGCCGGUUUCACUGCCUGCAAGGGUUACUUUUGUAGUAUUAGCCACUUUCUACGUAUUGGGAUACCUAUUCGUCGGUGGAAUACAUAUUAUAUCUGGGUAGGUGUAAACUCGUUGGAGGGAAAGUAAGAACAACACAGUUAGCAGGGAGUGGAAGGAAUUGAGAAUGUGUGAAAUUACUAAGGAUAGGUGCGGAACGGGGCGCGGACGCUUAAGGCUAGAUGGCAAGAGUGGUAUUUGGGUAUUCUUCCUACACAACAUUCUGCCUCGAGUAUUGAUGCCGGGCGGAGCUUUUGACCAAG